UAAGCCGGCGACCGAGGCAAAGCGUACACGCAUUUGGCUGUCCGCCCGAGACGCAACACGCGAGAGUUAUUACGCGCGCCGGAACUAUGGAUCAUUUCCAAGUUGUUGACUUCAGUUCAUUGAGCAGUGAAAUACAAAGUUUAAUUAAAGAUGCCGUCCAAGUAAGAGAAAGGGCAUACUGUCCGUAUUCAAAUUUUGCUGUUGGGGCUGCAAUACUAACAGAGAACGACUCAAAGGUUUUCACUGGUUGUAACGUAGAAAAUGCUGCCUUUUCACCUAGCAUAUGCGCAGAACGGUCAGCAUUAUCCAAAGCAGUGUCCGAGGGAUACCUAAAAUUCAAAACUGUAGCUGUGGUUGCGUACCAGAAGCAAUUCACUGCACCGUGCGGAGUUUGCAGACAAACACUAUUCGAGUUUCGCGGAACAAACGGGGACACUGAUAUAUACUUGUGCAGACCGACUAUGGACAAAGUGCUGUGCACCAAGCUUUCGCAACUUCUGCCGUUAUCGUAUGUAAGCUUCACAGAGGAUAGUAUCAAGACGUAGAUGCGGCUUUUGAAUUAUAGAUUUAUUAAUUUAAAAAACACAACCUUUACGUGGUCAUAUAAUUUCGCUACAAAAAAACAUUAGUACGGCCAUUUAGACUUUUCGGUAUGCAAUACUUGCUAUCAGUGUCCUCAUAUAAAGCAGAGUCAGAGUUUAUAGUAGAAGCAAAACUAUACUGAGCAAAACACUGGAUUCUGGCGAAAUCCAAAAGGGAAACGCCAGUAAUAAUUAAAAAGAAAAAGAAUUAAUGACGUGCAUUAAAAAGCCAGGUUUAUCGUUACAAACACUGUAUAGCACACUUUUAAAGUACAAGGGCCCAACUAUCAUAAAGUUUUACAAUUAAAACCUUUUUUUGUAUAUACAUUAAAACAAAUUACGUGUAGCUUUCAUAAGCUUCAGAUAAAUACAUUUAUAAAAUAUACCACUUUCAAACUAUAAAUAAAAGACACAAUAACGAUUAAAAUCAAACAAUUUGUAAAUAAUUAUAAAUCAAUUUAUUGAGUCAGUGUAUUUACACAUUCAUACUUAACUGUAUAAAUUUAUAGCAUAGUCACUUUUAUUUACAAUGUUUACAAAAUAGUAAGUGACAUUAAAAGCGCUAUUUAAAUCAUUAGUAGAGAUCGCUUACAUAAAGGGGUGGAUUUUGCACUGUAUUUCAUAUUUGAAAAAAUUUGAUGUUAUAGUUGGUAUUGAAACAAUAUUGUUACUGGAAAUAUUAUUGGAAAUAACAUAGAUAUUACUCUUGACAUCGGAAGUAGUAAACAUUAUGGAUAUAUAUAGUGCGUAUGGUAUCUAAAUAAAUAUAUUUUAGC